AUGGCACGGCCUUCGCGACGGGAUUUGAGAUCAUCUUCCAGUCGGAGACCUCGCUGCUCUAGGGCGGCAUUUUCGUGGGGGUGCCGGGGCUUGAUCAAGGAUUUCAUAGACCAGUAUGAGGGGUUUCAUUGUCACUGCAUGGACGGGAAGUGGCGUCCACACGAGGACUUGAAACACUAUCGGGAAUCGUCUUGGACCAGGGAUGACUCGGCGAAUGGGCGGGGCAUAUUUGAAACUGGGCCGUUGGAUGAGAUCCCGCGAGGGUUAGGUCUCCCGGGAGCUCGGGGAGCUCGCGAGAGGGCGCCAUGGAAGCGCCGAGCUGGAGAUGGAUCCAUGGACGAUGCCGCCGCGACGCUCAGCACCAGGAGAGCAGUCGUAUUCGACAUCGAGCAGCAGCCGCCGGCGCCGGCGCCGCAGCAAGAUUUGCCCUCGUCCUCCUCGUUCCAGGUUCGCCGAUCCAUUCUCAAGCGCCCCUCCAGGAGCAUCCAAGAGGAAGGGCAAGAAGCAGGAGAAGCUCGCAAUGGCGGCGAAAGCCCGUGGUCCGAGGAAGAUUACGAUCCUUACUAUGGGCUGGGGAUCAGAACCCGCCCCGAUCUUCCAGUGCUGCUCGUCUUCAACCUUAUGGAGUCCCGCCGAUUCAAUACCUUCUCGUCCCCGACGCGCACGAGGCUGUUCUACGCGGCGACGAUCCUCGGGGGAUCCAUCAUCGCCUCCUGCCUCGUCUUCUGCAUCGCCCUCCUGGCAUUCCAGCUCCGGGAGCGCCCAGAGCUGCCGAUCGUGAGAUUUAAAUCGGUGCUCGUGAGCUAUGGCAGGCUCUACCGCAUCAAGCCAGAGGUGAUCCGGCAGCAACAGGUGGAAGGCAAGGGCAACUAUUUCGCUUACAAGUUGAACUUUCUGUGCGAGGUCCAUAUGAACAUCACCAAUUCAAACCGGCACCUCGACAUGUUCCACCACUGGAUCGAGACCACCGUGUACUACCAUGGCACGCCCAUUGCCGUGGACCGCAUCGACAACAUCCCGCAUCCACGCCGUGGGAUCAUCCGGCCCGUGUUUACGGCGUUUGCGAUCUCCCUGCCGCUCACUGUCGCCGUUGGAAACAAGCUCGACGAAGAGCUCCAUGACCCGCGGCUCUCGUACACUGGUCCUACUGGGUUGGCAUUCGAGAUCAUCGUCCAGUCGGAGAUCUCGCUGCUCGAGGGCUUGCGUCCGCUGCCAUUUUCGUGGCGAUGCCGGUGUUCAAUCUUGACCGAUCUUUUGCUGGACGGAUUUAAGUGCCGCUGCUUGGACGCGAAAUGGCGUCCACGGGAACACCUCAAAUACUAUCGCGUGCCAUCUUGGCCCAGGGAUGAGACGGAAAUCAUCGAGAACAAUUUUUCUUAUCCUGACGAUUACUACGAUCCCAGUGUGAAUUACUACGCCAAUACCAAUUCUUCCCAUCCAUACCUAUACUAUACAUAAGUGGCAAGCUUUUCGUGAAGUUUCUUUUGAGCAACAAGAAAAAAAGAAGAAGAUCAAAACAGCAUCCUUGUUACUCGUUUCUAUACUGAUUUGUAAUGAGUAUUCCUACAUUAUCCAAUUAUUUUCUAUUA